AGCUCGCCACUCCAAGUCCAGCACCCCUCGGUUCCCAGGCGUCCGACAUGCUCAAGCCCAGAGACCCCGGAGGUUCGUCCUUCCUGAAAGUGGACCCAGCCUACUUGCAGCACUGGCAGCAACUCUUCCCGCAGAGCGCCCAGCUCAAGGGCGGCGGCGGCGUCUUGGGCCAGCCGCCGCCGUUGCCCCUGCAGCCUCCGGCGCCCGAGCGCGCUGAGCCCGUGGCCGAAGGCUUCCGCCCGCGCCCUGCGUCCCUGUCCUCUUCGGCCUCCUCCGCCUCCUCCACUCCGGCUUCAUCGACCACCUCGACCGCAGCCUCCGCCUCUUCGUCGUGCGCCGCCGCUUCCGUGGCCACGGCCGCUUCCCUGGCCGGCCUGGCCGCCCUGCCCGUGGCCCAGCUCCCGGUCUUCGCGCCGCUCUCCAGCUCCGAGGUGCUGCCCUCGGGAGCUCUGCAGGGCAAGGACUUGUGCGUCGGCUCUUGCUCGAGCUCCGGCUCUAAGUGUAGCAGCGGGUCCGCUGCCUGCGACAGGGGAGUCCCUCGAUUUCGCUGUACAGCAGAGGAGCUGGACUAUUACCUGUAUGGGCAGCAGCGCAUGGAGAUCAUACCCCUCAACCAACACACCAGCGACCCCAAUAACCGUUGCGACAUGUGCGCUGACAACCGUAAUGGGGAAUGCCCCAUGCACGGUCCCCUUCACUCCCUUCGCCGGCUGGUGGGUACCAGCAGCACGGCCGCCGCCGCGCCUCCGCCAGAGAUGCCCGAGUGGCUUCGAGACCUGCCUCGGGAAGUGUGUCUGUGCACCAGCACCGUUCCAGGCCUGGCGUAUGGUAUCUGCGCUGCACAGAGGAUCCAGCAGGGCACCUGGAUCGGACCGUUUCAGGGAGUGCUUCUGCCCCCAGAGAAGGUGCAGGCGGGAACUGUCAGAAACACCCAGCAUCUCUGGGAGAUAUAUGACCAAGAUGGGACACUACAGCACUUUAUUGAUGGUGGGGAACCUAGUAAGUCAAGCUGGAUGAGAUAUAUUCGAUGUGCUAGGCACUGCGGAGAACAGAAUCUAACAGUAGUACAGUACAGGUCAAAUAUAUUCUACCGAGCCUGUAUCGAUAUCCCCAGGGGCACUGAGCUUCUGGUGUGGUACAAUGACAGCUACACAUCUUUCUUUGGGAUCCCUUUACAAUGCAUUGCCCAGGAUGAAAACUUGAAUGUCCCUUCAACUGUAAUGGAAGCCAUGUGCAGACAAGACACCCUGCAGUCCUUUAACAAAAGCAGCAAGCUCUCUCCUGCCACACCACAGCGCUCUGUAGUUUUCCCACAGACUCCAUGUAGCCGGAAUUUCUCUCUCCUGGAUAAGUCUGGGCCCAUCGAGUCAGGAUUUAACCAAAUCAAUGUAAAAAACCAGCGAGUUCUUGCAAGCCCAACUUCAACCAGCCAACUCAACUCUGAGUUUAGUGACUGGCACCUUUGGAAAUGUGGGCAAUGCUUUAAGACAUUCACUCAGCGGAUCCUUUUACAGAUGCACGUAUGCACCCAGAACCCUGACAGACCCUACCAGUGUGGUCACUGCUCCCAGUCCUUCUCCCAGCCUUCUGAACUGAGGAACCAUGUGGUUACCCACUCCAGUGACAGACCUUUCAAGUGUGGCUAUUGCGGUCGUGCCUUUGCUGGGGCUACCACCCUCAACAACCAUAUCAGAACUCAUACUGGAGAAAAACCCUUCAAGUGCGAGAGGUGUGAGAGGAGCUUCACGCAGGCCACCCAGCUGAGUCGACACCAACGGAUGCCCAAUGAGUGCAAGCCAAUAACAGAGAGCCCAGAAUCAAUUGAAGUGGAUUAACUGAUUGACUGGUUGGAAUUAAACUGCAAGGAAAGUCAUGAUUAAAUGUCACGGACACUUAAGCAAAACCAAAGAUUUCCUCUGAGCAACUUUCAAUCAGCCCCAGAAAACCAAAAGCAGUAAUAAAAUAAGUAAGAUGUUAAGAGAUAUUGAUCCUGGCGUGGAAGUGAGACCAGGAAAGAAAUUAUUUAUUUAUGACUAGGGAUGAGACUUAUUUCAGUGGACAAGUAACCUGGGACGGCUCACAUUCCUAGGCCCACCAUGUAUUUGCUUUAUUUCUAAAAGCUUUUUAAAAAAUUGUUAUUUAGAACCAAAGUGAGGAAUCUUAUGGGUUCUUCUGCCCACAGUUAUGACUGAGAAUGCACUUGGACUUAUUUCUCACUGUACUUUUUUUAGUGGCAUGACUUAAUGGACCUAGAUGAUGUAAAGUCCUUCUUUCUGCUGGCUCCUUUUGGUUUGGCUUGGUGCUGACUCUGAUAGCAGUUGUAACACCUGAAGGGGGCCUCUGGAAACAAAAGCAAGAACCUUUACUAAGCAGUGUUAACUUCAGACGGAAGGACAUUUCAUUUCCAUGGUUUCCAUGCUCACCACUUCCACACUUUUUUACAUGACUGUGUUCCCUCAACAGCUUGGUCUUGUAGAAGGAGAACCCAGAAAAGGAAGAAAAUGAUGUAAAAUUCAAGGGCGGGAGAGAGGGUGGAAGGGACAGAGGAAUUAUUUUUGUCCUGUCAGGAUAUUGUUGAUAAGGAGGGCAUUUUAAAACUGCAGAGCUUCAUAAACCGGUAUUAUUGUUCCAAAUCAGCUAGCAAGGAAAUUGGUUUUCAGUAACAUUUUAGCUUAUAAAACUCCAAAAUAAAGUUUGUC